AUAAUUAAAAAAAUGGCAGAAAAUCAUUGCGAUUCGCGAAACGAAGAGAUACAAAAUAUAAAUCCUGUCGCGACAGUGCAAGGACAUCCAUCAUGCAAUUCCAUUCGACAGAUUGGUUAUGUACCGUGUACUCCACCGCCGUCGUACAAUAAUAUUAAUUUACCUCCAGGACAUCCGGCAAAUUUAAUCAGCGACCGCGGAGCUCCACCGUCUUAUGAAGAAGUCAUAGAUCGCAAUGCUCCACCACCUUCAUAUGAUUCAUUAUUUGGGCGUAUGAGAGAAGCUCACAAAACAUCAAAAGGCGUGUUUGAUUUUUUACUAAACAUCGUAGUUCUCCUUUUAGGAACAAUUGGCUGUACGAUAAUAAUUGGCGUGACAAUAGUAGUACCAGUUUGUAUGAUGAUAAUCGGAGCAGUAUAUCUGUACGACUGUCCACAAGGCGAGUACAUUCCAGUGUACUUACUAGUCGGCGGGGGCUUUGGUGUAUUUAAGCAGCUAUUAUAUCUAUCAGCACGUGUCCGUCAGCGGCCAGAGGACAGGGACGAGGAGAGAAUACGCCAAUCGCCGACCUUAACGCUAAUUAAUUGCUUUACACUCGGAUGGUUUAUUAUCGGGUCAAUGUGGGUUUACAAGGAAUACGAACCAAAUUAUGAUCCAUCACUGGGCAAAUACUGCAAUAAAACCCUCUAUUUAUUCGCAUUCUGGCUAAUAACCCUAGUAUACAUUUUCCUGGGAGUAAUAACAGCUGGGUUAUGUUGCAUCUCAAUCGCAACAAUUAUUUUCCAAAGACGACCACCAGAUCGUCUAGUCGCCAUGUGA